AUGAACUGUCGCGUAUUGCAGGCGAAAAAGAUCCAGGAAUACAAUCGCGCCGUAGCCCGUCAAGCUGAAGAACGUGAACUUCGCGAACGUCGUGAACGGGUGCGACGUGCGCAGGAGGCUAACCGCAAAGCGCAGGAAGAGGCUGCGAAGUCAGGAGCUAAUGAAGACUUUGGAGGUGCUGACCCAACAGGUGGAUUGGGUGAUCUCUUGACUGAUCCAGAGGUUGCCGAAGCGAUGAAGGAUCCUGAGGUGAUGGCGGCGUUCAUGGAUAUCAUGCAGAAUCCUCAAAAUCUAAUGAAACAUAUGGGUAAUCAGAAGGUGAUGAAACUGAUUGCAAAGAUGAAAGACGUGAAGGUUUCAGGCAUGAGUGGAAUGUUUGGUGGUGCAGGUGCUGCGCCAGGUGGUUGCCCGUCAGGCGCGAAAUGCGGAGAUACGGGAUGUGGAGGUGGUGGUGGAGCAGGAGCUGGUGCUGCUCCAACUGCUCCCCCUCCAAAAGCCCCUGAACCUGACCUCGAUUAA